GACGGAGGGUUCCCCCUAGUGGCUGCUUAAAUCCUGCCCAGCCCGCGAAAUUCUUCAGCCCAGCCAUACGUUGGACAGUACGACAACAACACACACAGGGAAAGCCUGAAAGGGGAGGGAGUCUGUAGGAAGAUGUUGUCAAAUGAGCUCUUACACUGGCUGUUCAGGGUGUUGCAGCCCGAAUACAGUGAUCCAAGAACCACAUACCAUGAUGUUGCGGUCUUGCUACAGAGGUACCCUACGCUGAAGCCGCGCACCAGGGUAUACACGUAUGAGACCGGUGAGUCGGCCCUACUGCUGGAUAUCUACGGCGCCCUGCCGUCGAGGAUUAACGGUGAAGUGUAUCGAAUCCCUGUGGAAGUGUGGAUUCCUCAUGAGUACCCGCUGGCGUCACCUAUUGCCUAUGUUACACCUACUGAGAAGAUGGUAUUACAGCCUGGGAAUCACGUCGAUACCAAUGGGAAGUGCUAUCUGGAGUAUACGGCGAACUGGAGCGCUGAGCGGAGAAGCAACGUUGCUGGUCUGUGUGAUGAUCUAUGCCUUGUGUUUGCGAAGGAGCCACCUGUAUUUGCCAAACCAACACAGCCAAUAGUACAGCCAGUGGUAAAGCCAGUGGUACAGCCAGUGGUACAGCAAG